AACGAACUAUAUGUAUUUUCAUAUUUUGAAGUGCGCUCCAUGUUUGUGAUUUUAUUCAUUAAAUCCUAUUCUAAUUAAAAUCUGUUGUUAUUAUACAGACAGACAAGUAACAAUAAAAUUUAACUAAUUGAUUUUAAAAUACUUGAAUGCAGGUAUUUUUGAGGAUUAUAAUAAAUAAUUAAAGGUGUAACACAUAAAACAACGAGACAAGGUGCAAUACCUGAUCAAAGUUUACAAAAAUGGAACAAGAUCAACGACAUGAUGUAAUAGAUCUGACUAAUUUGACUGACUCUUUCUCGCACCCAUCGAGUAACCAACAACAAGCUUCAAGUAAUGCAGAUGUGAUUGAAUUAGAUAGGGAUUCGGAUGACUCGAUAUUUGAUAGAGAUCUUUCCUCCGACGGCGAAUAUGUAGAACAGGAAAUAUCAAUGGAAGAAAUGAUCAAUCUAGAUAUUUAUAAAAAUCCAAAGCAGAGAGUGGCAAAACUAAAAGCAACUAUAAAAAGAAAGUUUAGAGAGUAUGACCAAAGAAUGGAAAGAUUAGAAAAGCUAAAGCGAGAACAGAUUAAGCAAAAAGAAGAAAAGGAAAAGGAGAGACUAAAAAAAAUAAAACAAACUGUAAGGGAAAAAUGUCGUGCAAUGAGAAAAAAGAGGGACAAAUGUGCAGUGUGUAAUAGUAUACCAAAAGAAACUACAUUUGGUACUUGUCCUAUCUGUUUGGAUGAGUUAGGGGACGAACCAAUGGCUUCAACAAUAUGUGGGCAUGUGUUUUGCAUAGAUUGUAUACAUAAAUAUCUUAAGCAUGAACCAAAAUGCCCCACUUGCAGAAAAGAUUUAAAAGGAUCUAAAGUUUACCAUCCACUCUAUUUAAGCCAAGGAACAUAAAGACAGUAUUAUUAUCUUAGAUCUUAAGAAAUCUGAUACAGAAUUAAAUAUUGGUUGUUUUAAUUUGCAGAAGAUUGAUCAAUAUAACAGAACAAAAUGAUAAGUGCUAUGCAACCAUUGUUUAUUGUGUCCUAAAAAAUCAAUUCAUGAGUUUAUUUACUCAUGAUCAUACUACUAGGUGGAAUUAAAAAAUAAAUUUAUCGUUUUUUUUUUGUAACAAAUACAACACUGUAGGCUUUCAAUAUGACUUGUAAGUAAUUCUGUAGAUCAAAGCGUUUAAAACAACCAAUACAUAAAGCCUGAGAAAAAGUUAUUUUUUGCCAGUGCAGUAUUAGUUAUGCAUUUAUUAAAAAACAUUGUUAGAUAUAACUGAAAACACAAGUCUCGGUACAGGUCUUGAUGAUCUUAAAUCGUAAUUGUAGGGUAGAUGAGUAAAUACUGCAUAGUCGAAAUGUAAAAUUUAGUCAUUAUUUAAUGUAAAGUACAGUCCAUACCAUUUUUCCGAUUCGGCGAUGCAGAAUGCAGUAUUUAUUUUCCCAUUAUGACUUACAAUUUAAUUCCCUCGUUUGCGCGGGGUUUAAUUAUUUAAUCAUUGAUACUUUUGAGUAACUAAAAGGCGAAAUUAUACAUUUCGCCUUUCAGUAAUUGUUUUUUUUUUUCUUUAGCAUUUUUUUAUUAUAUUAAGUUAAAUCUCAAAUAGGUAAUAUUGACUGGUAAUAUGGUAUUGAGUCGAAGUUUUCUAGUCUCUCUUUAUAGUCUUUAGGUAUUUAUAGCGCCUAUACAAUUGACCUGCCUAAACCUAGAGAUAAUUUUGACCAGUAAUAUUUCUGUUAUUUAUAAUUUUACAUAUGAAUGACAAUAAAAACUGGAAUGUAUAAAUUUGCCAACAAAGUAACAAACAACAGAUAUGGUUCUACUGUACUAAAAAAUAUGGAAGUUUUUUUCUUAACAUGCCUAGGUAUUCUAUUUAAUCAAUUAAAUUUACUAAAGAUGAGACAGUUACAAAAAUAGAGGCACACAUGUGAAAUGUGUUUCAGUUUUAUCUCUGUAGUCAUUCAUGUAAAAAUACAUUAACAUCUAUUAUUUCUUCAAAAUUAUAUUUGACUUGAUGGCAAAGCCAUUGAAUUGUUUGAAUUUGAUUCGUAGAUGUCGUAAUUUUGUUUGAUUGUGAUAAAUGUUAUAGUGGUACUACUGCUGAAUGUUGUAAUUAAGGAUUACAAUGUAAUUAGUUUAAAGGAUUCCAUUUUGUCCAGUUCCAGUUCACAUUUCCAUUGUCUAUGUUCAGGGUCUAUGAUGAAUGAAAAAAUCAUUAGAAUUGACUUAUUUUGACACUAAGAAUCAUUAAAAUUCUUAGAAUUUAUGUUUUGUAACUAUAUCCGAGAAUACUCAUAAUGUAGGUAAUUUAAAAUAUUUAUCUAGUGUAAGUGGAUGCAUACUGUAUUAUAUAAUUAUUUAAUAGUGUUCGUAUGUAAGAAGAACCAACAAUGGGUCAAUUCCGGUCUGGGUGUGAUGUGUAUUUUUGUAAACGAAACCAUGACACAGAAGAAAAUACUAGUGUAGGAUUAUAAUAUUACUUUAAAAAAAAAUUAAUUUUAUACCAAAAUUUCCCGUGGAAGAGAAAGGCGCGGUGAGAAUGGUGCAUAUAGCUCUGCUGAUCUCCAUGACAAUGGAAUGUCCAUAUAAUUAGUUUAGUUUGAAUAUGUCAAAAUAAUUAUCAAAGGAAAGAAUAUAUUGAAAAGUUGUGCUUUGGUGUUGCCAACGGGCAAUUUAGAUUUUGCUAGAUUCAAUGAUUUAAUUAUAAGUACCUAUUUAUUCCUUGUAAGGUUUAUUAUUAAUUUGUACCUUUUUAUAUGUAUACCAAUGGUACCGUUGCCUUAAGACAGUGCUAACCGUAACAGUACUUUUAAGGUGGAUUUAGUGGUAGAGGUCACUCUCUUUCUGAGUAGUUAGUAGGUAUUUUAGGUAUCAGAUUGUGUGAAUUUCACGACAUCUUCGUAAUAUGCACAAACUUAUUCACUUACAAUAUUAAAUAUUAUGUUUCCAUACAUUGUAAAAUAGACCUCAAGAUUUUCUUUGCAUUCAUUCAUAGGUAAUCAUAGAAAUUAAUAAAGACUGAUUGCAGCUGAAUAACUUUUAUUCAUUUUGUACAAGAUUCUUAAAAUUCAAAUAGAGAUAACGGUAAUUACAAACCUAAUCAGUCAUGGUACACGGGACGAAAUUGCUUAUAAGUAGUCACACAAGAAUAGCUUAUUCCUAUCAGUUAAUUGAUUACCGGCGACUAUAUUCAUUGUUGGUUGCACUAGGUAAAAUUUAAACCUGCGAUUAUUGUCUUUUGCGCCUUUAUUGAAUACAACAGAUAAUUAUAUAUGAAACACACACAUAUCUUGCGUAGAGCCUUUUGUCAACACCAUUAUAUAAGUUGGCUAGCUAGCUUUAUGCCAAACUACAGGCGGACCAUUCAUAUAACAAAAAAAUAUUGAAUAUCGAAUCUCAAUCCAAUUAGUCUAUACCUACAGAAUUUGUACCGCAGUCAAAUUAUAAUAUAGGCCCUGCCUCUAUAAUACUAUUCAAUAAUUACAUAAAACAGAUUUUUUAAAUACUUAGUAAAAGUAACAACAUUACAACUUAGUCUCUAUAUUUAAAAUAACGUAGUCGUUCACUUAUUUUAUUUUAUAACAAAAACCUAUUCUUGUAAUUGUGUUAGUGAGAUAAAACUAAGGAUAUAUAACAUAAAAUACUAAAUAAUAACGAGUCUGCACUGCAGAUGGUGGAGUUUCUUUUUUAACUUAUUUGUUUAACUACGUUUCAAGACUUGCCUCAUUUGCUUUGAUUGUUUUUCAUCAGAAAAGCCAUACCAUGAACUCUAAAAUGCUUAGCUAAAUCUUCUGGCUCCUUAAAGUCUUCUCUACAAAUAUUACACUGAUUUUCCCGAAGAGGUUCAUUAGAAAUAAUAUCGCUACUUUGAUAUUUUAUCAAAGCAUUUUCAUUGUAACACUGGUUUUCUUUUAUAUACUUUUCAAUAUCUAAGAUAUUAUGUUCCAACAACAAGUGCUUGGAAAAUGAAGGCUUGACAACAAAACUUUGUCCGCAUUCCAUACAUUGAUAUGCCAUGCACGAGUCUCUAUGUGUUAUCAAAUGUUUUUCAAAUAAUUGUUUAUGCUCAAAGUUAUUUCCGCAGAUUUUGCAGAUGUAACAUAAAGAAACAGGAGGUGUGUCACAUGUUAUGGUUUCGUCAUGCGGUUUUUUAUUCGGUUCAUAACAAUUAUUGAGUUCAAGAGGAUCUCUUAUAAUUUUAAUACGUUGGCGUUUCCCUUUUCUUUUAGAUACUUUAUUAUCAAUCGUUUUUCUAAUUUUACCUUUGCGUAAAACGUUAGUGGUUUGAGCACCAUAUUUAUUUACAUCUAUUCUGGUGAGUACAAUUUUGGCAUUCAAACAUUUUUCUGUUUUAUGCAGUGCAGCGUAAUGCUUUUUUAUCUCAUUCGGAUUAUCUGUAAUAUGCUCAUAACACAAAUGACAUUUGACACUGUCACUCUUUUUGUUUUGAGAAGUUGUAUCUGAAGUAUCAUCCAAUUCAGUAGAACAUUCAAAUGUGGAAGUACAUUUGUAAGGGCAUUCGCUGGGCAGACUAUGUAUUUCGCUAUAUUGACAUCUAUAGGUGAAACUUCUUUGACAUUGAUCACACCUUUUUACGACACGGUAUACUCUUUUUAGCUUACCAGUAUCUUUUAAAGACUCAAUUUCCGACAUUAAAUUUUUAACUGCAUUUUGUAUUAUGAUAUUUUUGUUGUGUUUUUCUAGGAAAUGCAGCAGUAGAACGGAUACUUCUCUAAAGAUGGAACCACAAGACCAACACGGAUAGAAGACAAAAAUUUUGUGACUUUUUAUGUGAGUCUCUAUAUGACUCUGCAAGACAAAUUUUCCAGGACAUAACUCGCACUUGUAGAAUAUGAGGGGCUUUAUAUUAUCAACCUUAUGAGUCUUGAAAUGGCUUUGCAUACUCACUUCACUGAAACAAGCAACAACGCAGAAGGGGCACUUGAAAACUUUUUUCAUGUGAAUAGUUUUCAUGUGUUCUCUUAAAUCGUUAGGAUGGAAACAGAUGCGACAAUUAGCUGCACCACAUUUUAGUCUUGCGGUUGCUCUCAUCAUUUUAAAACCCUCACAAUCGUGGUUGUAAGGAUAAUUAAUAUUUUUGUUGCCUAGGGCUGAACCACAUUCAGGGCAGAAAUAAAGGGGGCAUUUUAAAUGUAAACGUAAAUGUGCUUUAAGAGCACAAGUGGUUGGCAGAGCAAACAAACAUACAGGGCAUGAAAAAACUUCGUUAGAAAACUGCAUAUAGUGACUUGCCCGAUCUUUAGGAGCAGAAGCUUGUGAAUUAGAUAAGUUUUCUUUACAUUCUAAACAAAUCACUUGGUUAUGCGCAUUCUCUAGGUUUGGUUUUUUUGUUCCACUCUCUCCAGUUAUUAUACAAUCAUCGUUUGGAGGUAUUUGGCCGACUAGUGUUAGUUUGCUGGUUGAUGUUACUUGAUUGGUUGGAAUGAGUUGGUUGCUUUGUGUUGGCUUAUUAGCUGGUACUGCAAUCUUCAUGUUGUAAAGAUUUAACGGUAAGGGUUCAACGUUUAAGUCAGUGACGUUGAUAGUCGCAGUUCUAACAACGUGAGAUCUUAUAUGGAACAGUAAAUUACAUCUGUUAUAAAACGUCAUUGUUUGAUCACAGUGGCGACACACAUAUGUAAUUUUAACAGACUUUCGUGUGACGUGAUCGUGUAAACUGGACUCGAAGAUAAAU